AUGGCCACCAGUCAUCGUCCGGGCACAUCCAUCCCGUUCACCACCACGUACGACACCACGGCCACUGGCACUCGUCCCGGCACGUCCAACCCGUUGACCACCACCUACGAAUACACCACUGGUACCGAGUCGAGACCCUACACGGGACACCGCAGUGCUGGUCGACCUGGCACUGCACGUCCUCGAACUGGCGUAUCCACUCUCGGCGUGGAGAAUCAAGACAUCAUCUGUGCCGUCAGCGAGUCUCGAGGCGUGUCACCAUCGGUCGGUCUGGCUUUUCUCAAUCUCGACACCGGUGAGGCUGUUCUCAGUCAGUUCAGCGACAGUCAGACGUAUGUCCGGACUAUUCAUAAGCUUGCCGUGUUCAAUCCUACCACGAUCCUCGCCGUCUCAUCAUCUGCUCAACCAAAGUCAAAGCUCUUCUCCAUCAUCGAAGACGGCAUCCAGCAAGAUCUCGACAGCAAUGUUACUCUGCUCGAUCGACGGUACUGGUCUGAGACAGCUGGUCUUGACUACAUUCAUCAUUUGGCAUUUCCUGAAGAUGUUGAAAACCUCAAGACUGUGCUGAAUGGAAACUACUUCGCCGUGUGCUCCUUUGCAGCUGUGUUGAAGUUUAUCGAGCACGGCUUGAGCAAGAUCUUUCCUGCUCGAUCGCUGCGCGUCAAAUACGAACCAUCUGAAGGGUCGAUGAUGAUCGAUUUGGCAACGAUCCGAUCGCUGGAACUGGUGCAGAAUCUACAGAAUCCAAAGUCCAAGGACUGCCUCUUCGGACAGCUCAAUGAGACUCUGACACCGAUGGGUGCUAGACUUCUGCGGAGCAACAUCUUGCAGCCUGUCACCAAUCCGGAAACACUGAACAAGCGAUAUGAGGCCGUGGAAGAGCUGAGCACAAAAGAAGACACAUUCUUCGCCGUUCGUGAAACACUCAAACCAUUCCUCGAUGCCGACAAGACGUUGACCCAACUCAUCCUCUCACCGGUGCAGAUCACUGUGACCACUACAGAACAGUCCAUCAACAAUGUCAUCAUGCUGAAGCAGUUCGUGGCCUUGAUCAGUCCUGUCUAUGAAGCAUUGACGGGCUCUCGCUCGGACAUGCUCUCGACGAUCCGAGAUAUUUGCGCUCCCGAGAAUAUCGAGCCCGUGCAGAGCCUCAUAGCAGGCGCCGUCAACGAGGACACCACAUAUGCGAAGAAGCCACUCGACCUACGCAACCAGAGAACGUACGCUGUCCGCUCCGGAGUCAACGGCCUGCUCGAUGUAGCCCGUCAGACCUACAAAGAAUCCAUGACGGACGCACUCCAACACAUCGACGAAGUCGCCCAAGAGCACAGUCUUCCCCUCCUCACCAAAUUCGACAACAAUCGACAAUUCUACCUCCACCUCAAAGCUGAAGAACUCGAAGACCGCAACCUCCCAGAAAUCUUCAUCAACUCCUACCGCAAAAAGAACAUCAUCGAAUGCCAAACCCUCGACCUCGUCAAACUCAACCAAAAGAUCCGCGACGCCCACAUGGAAGUUCUCCUCAUGUCCGACAAAGCCAUUCGCGACCUCAUCGACGCCGUACGCGAACACAUGCCCUCCCUCUUCAAAGUCUGCGAGUCCAUCGCCAUGCUCGACAUGCUCGCUGCCUUUGCUCACGCCGUCUCCACUUGCGACUACAUCCGACCGCAGCUCAACUCCACCACCCUCGCCAUCCACUCCGGCCGGCACCCGAUCCGCGAGAAGAUUCACACUACCCAGAAAUUCGUCCCCAACGACGUCUACGCCACCCAACAGACCCGCUUCCAAAUCAUCACCGGCGCCAACAUGUCCGGGAAAUCCACCUACAUCCGCUCCGUCGCCCUCAUCACCAUCAUGGCACAAGUCGGCUCUUUCGUGCCCGCAACCUACGCCUCCCUCCCGAUUAUCCACCAUCUCUUCGCCCGCAUCUCCAUCGACGACAACAUCGAAGCCAACGUCUCCUCUUUCGCGGCGGAAAUGCGCGAAACGGCUUUCAUACUCCACAACAUCACGCCCCACAGCAUGGCCAUCGUCGACGAACUGGGCCGCGGAACUUCCACCCGCGACGGCCUGGCCAUCGCUAUCGCCAUCGCCGAAGCCCUCGUUGCGUCCCGCGCGUUGGUCUGGUUCGCAACCCACUUCCGCGACUUAGCGUCCAUCCUCGCCGAACGCAAUGGCGUGGUGAACCUCCAUCUCGCUGUUGACAUGUCCCCCGAAGACCACCGGAUGGAAAUGCUUUACCGUAUCGCCUCGGGCUCCGAGCAAGUCUCCCACUACGGACUCGCACUAGCGCGCAUCGUGCCCCUUCCGGAAGACAUCUUACCGUUUGCAGAGAACGUCUCGCGCACGCUGGAGGAACGGGGUUUGGCGAAGCAAGAGCGAUCAAUGGGUGUCGUCAAGGCAAGGAGGAGGAAGCUGAUGUUGAAUUUGAAGGAGCAUCUGGUGCAGGCGAAAGAGAGUCGGAUGGAUGACCAAGCGCUGAAGAAGUGGCUGGGAGAUUUGCAGGGCGAGUUUGUGGUGAGGAUGACGGCGUUGGAUGAGGAGGCUAGGGAGGUGAUGAGGAGGGAGGACGAAGGUGGAAGUGUUGGAAGAGGGGAGGAAAGUGAGGAUGGGAGAGAUGGGGUCGAAGAGGAGAUGAUGUCGAUGGGAUAUGACGAGGACGAGGACGACACUGGGCGUGCGACUGUCGGAACUGGAGAGGAGCAGGCUACCUUCACGCACAGGACGAGGGCUCAGACCAUAUCCUCGAGACAAUCUUCCGAGAUGUCAUGA